AUGGUGGAAAUGAUGAAGUCGUGGAAUCUCAAACCGGAGUUUAAACCGGCGUCGAAGUUUCCGGUGAAGUUAGAGAUCGUCGAGGAUUUUCUUGAAGAAGAGCACGGUCCUUUAAACAAGCGUUCCAAGUUAUGGAGCAAUCGACCGAACGUGUCUCUUUUGACACCAACCAAGUUUAAUCUACUUGACGAGCCAAGUCCUUUAGGACUGAGCUUAAAAAAGAGCCCAUCUUUUCAAGAUCUGAUUCAGACAAGACUUUCUCAAAGUUGUGACACAAACUCAAAAACUUUGCAAACUGGUGCAGUUGGCUUUGGUGUUAAGAAAGAAAGUGUAGGUAAUGAUUUUUCGGUUGUAGGAACAGUUGAGAAAUUGAAAGCUUCGAACUUUCCUGCGACGGUUCUGAGGAUAGGGCAAUGGGAGUAUAAAUCGAGGUACGAAGGUGAUUUGGUUGCGAAAUGUUACUUUGCGAAACACAAACUUGUAUGGGAAGUGUUACAACAAGGUCUUAAAAGCAAAAUCGAGAUCCAAUGGUCAGAUAUUCUGGCUUUGAAUGCAAAUUGUUCCGAAGAUGAACCUGGAACGAUGACUAUCAUGUUGGCGAGGAGGCCGUUAUUUUUCAGGGAAACUAAUCCGCAACCUAGAAAGCAUACUUUGUGGCAGGCAACAUCAGAUUUUACUGAUGGUCAAGCUAGCAUGAACAGGCAACACUUUCUGCAAUGUCCCCAAGGGAUAUUAAACAAACAUUUUGAGAAGCUUGUCCAAUGCGAUCAUCGCCUGUUCUGUUUAAGCCGACAGCCAGAGAUAAAUUUGGACUCACCCUAUUUUGAUACACGACAAUCUAUAUUUGAGGAUCCCUUUGUGUCUGAAUCUCAAAAUAUAUCAUCUCCUGUUGGGGCUCAGUCACCAUCAGAACAUAUGUCUUUGUCUCAUGACGCACUGUCUCCUAACUCAGUGAUGGAUGCUCGUGGAAUCGAAGGAGUUGGUGCUUCUGUUGAUUCAAAAAAUUGGAAUCAGAUACAAGUGCCUGGACUAAGCCAAUCUAUCUCGAUGAACGAUUUCUUUGCACUUUUGUCAGAUCAAGCUUCUAGUGAUAAACCGAAAUUAGAGGAAAUGAAACAACUGCUGCUAAGUGACACCCAACCGGAUCCAUCAGAUGAGAGAUCUGUAAUGUCAAAGGUGAAUUCGUUCUACAACCUCUUGGAAUCCACUACAAACACACAGCUCAAUACAAAAAAUUCUGAUGGCGGACCAAACGAUAAUUAUAAGAACAAUCAUAGAGCGGAAGACAAUAAUAGAGUUGAGGAUCCUGCUUCAAGCAACAAGUCAAAUGGCAUGUCAAGGAAAGACUCAUUCAGUGAUUUGUUUGUACACCUUCCUCUGGUCACAUCCUUACCAAAGUUCUUGUUCAACAUUGACGGUGAUGCACAUAGUAGAUAA